AUGGCAACGCAGCUGGUCGACGCAUCCGCAGAAUACCAAGCCUACCUCAGGUGCACUGCUGCUGGCUCAAUUAUUGCUGAUAUUGCUACAAAUAAUGAGGAUUACCCUGGUUCCCUCAAGCCAGUAAAGCGGCUCCAGGAACAAACUUUGAGGGUGCAGCAGCUCGCAAGGCAAUCUGGAACCAAGCGACAGCUUCGACCACGCCAAGCAGAGACCCACGAAAUCACAGGAAAAGUUGGUCGUCCAGAGGAGGAAGAAACAGACCCUGCAUCUGGCUACUCCUCCGACGAGUCCUAUACGGAGGGCAAGAAAGAAUCCAGGGACGAAGCGAUGCCCAAUGCAGCCAUAAUUCUCCUACUCCAAGGAUUUACGAGUCUUGUUAAAGGUGCGCUGCUCGAGUGGGUAUUCGACCGCGUACAUUUCCGCGCACGGUUUCGUCGAAAGAACUACAAGGCGUACAGUGACGAGGCACUACGAUCCACCCGUAACGAGUGUAUCUUGGCUAUCGUUGAGACCAAAAAAACAUGCAAGGAUGUCAAGGGAAGAAGAUAUCACAAUGCAAGAAAGUGCAGAGAUGGUAGGCUGGAUUCUAAGCAAUUCCGAUGA